AUGGCGACAAACACAGUACUAAUAAAUGUUGUUAGUGUUAUUAUUGUUUGUGUAGUUGUGUUUUAUCCGGUCAAUGUUACCUCAGACGACACGGUUCCUAUUCCUCAACAAAAGUCCCAGGUAGAGAGUUGGUUCAAAGCCAACGUACAACCCCUUGCAAGCAGAAAGGAUUUGGACCCUGCCCUCACAAAGGCCGAGGCCGCCGCAGUUCACAUUGGGGUCGGAAAAGGAGGCAAAUUCAAAACCAUUCAAGAAGCCGUAAACUCCAUUCCUAAAAAGAACACAAAGCGUUAUAUCAUUAACAUAGCAGGUGGGACUUAUAAGGAGAGAGUUAAGGUCGACUACGAUAAACCUUUCGUCACCUUCUAUGGUGAUCCUAAGAGUAGGCCACUUGUAGAUGCUGCUGGCACGGCUGCUCAGUUUGGUACUAUAGAAAGUGCCACUGUGCAAGUUUUGUCGGAUUACUUUAUGGCCGUUAAUAUUGACUUUAAGAAUUCAGCUCCCAGGCCCAGUGGUAAACCGGGCCAACAAGCUGUGGCUCUGACCAUUGCCGGUGACAAGGCUGCGUUCUACAACUGUAAAUUUUAUGGAUUCCAAGACACCCUUUGUGAUAAUAUUAACAAACAUUUCUAUAAGGAUUGCUACGUUGAAGGCACUGUAGAUUUCUUCUUUGGCAGUGCCAAGACUAUCAUUUUGAGCACAGAAAUGCAUGUUAUCCCAGGCGACACAAUGGAUUAUGUGACGGCACACGCUAGGAAAAGUGAAAAAGAAGACACAGGAUACUCUUUCGUACAAUGCCGAGUUACCGGGGAUGCCAAAUCUAGAGUUGCAUACCUAGGCAGAAUUUGGUAUCCUUUUGCUAAGACCGUAUUUUCCUAUUCUGAUAUUUCUGCUGCCAUUAGACCCGAGGGAUGGCUUGGGAUCCACAACAGUCGUACCGAUGGAGCGUCAGCAUACUUGGGAGAAUAUAAGAAUACAGGGCCAGGAUCUGACAUGUCUAAACGUAUAAAGUUCGUUAAGAAGCUGACAGAUGCAGAAGCGAAGAAAUACCUGACCCUGAGUUACAUAGAGGCUUCCAAGUGGUUGCUUCCCCCAAUCACCAAAGCUGUUCAAGACAAUUCAACCCACUUUCGAUCAAGGUCAAAUUAA